UCCGCUUUAACAGAGCGCAUGGGGCAUCAGGCAGGAUCCGCGCGCAAUUACCAAAUGAAAACUUUUACGGAAUAACAAUGAAUUUAAAAUACAUAUUCCAACCCACACAGGGACUCUCUGUUUGUUGCAUUUCAUUAUUAUUUUUAAAAAUCAGACCUUUUUGGUGCGUCAUACACUGUGAAUGCGCCCAAAUGCCGCCGAUUAUAUCUGAAGUACUUUAAUAUGUGGCCAAAAGUGGAUCGAGGAUUUUAGAAGAUGAUCUUAAGGAGGCUGUUUCAUGCACUGCCUGUCUUCGCUUUGACCCUGUUCAUUCUGGUUUUGCUGGAUUUGCAGCUGCGCACCCGGAGUGACCAAAAACCCACUGCGCCUCUUGCACGCGAAAGAACACAAUCUAUAUCAAGGACCGUGGCUGUAAACCAACACAGAGAUGUUGUUAAUGAAAAACAGAAGCUGAAACGUCAGAAAUGGAGGGAGGUGAAACCACAACCAUCUUUAGAACUCACCGACAUCUUCAUUGCAGUGAAAACCACCGGCCGGUUCCACAAGACCCGCCUUGCUCUUCUUCUGGAGACCUGGAUCUCCAGGACUAAAGACCAUACGUACAUCUUCACAGACAGUCCAGAUGAAGACAUUUCCUCUGAAGGAUUUAACAUUGUUGUCACUAAAUGUUCGCCGGAGCACAGUCAUCAAGCUUUAUCCUGUAAAAUGGCUGCUGAGUACCACCACUUCAUGACCUCUGACAAAAAGUGGUUUUGUCAUGUUGAUGAUGAUAAUUACCUGAACCCUGGAGCCCUUCUUUCUCUCCUGACGGCCUUCCCAGCAGACAGCGAUAUCUAUGUGGGCAAGCCAAGCCUGGAUCGACCAAUGAGAGCCCAGGAGUUGCUGGAAGGGAAUAAGACGAGGGACGUUCGUUUCUGGUUUGCUACAGGAGGGGCUGGUUUCUGUCUGAGCAGGAAGCUUGCAGAGAAGAUGGCACCCUGGGCAAGUGGUCCCAGGUUCGAGCAGACCUCUGCAGUAAUCAUGUUACCUGAUGACUGUACGGUGGGCUUCAUAGUUGAGAGGAGACUGGGCAUCUCAAUGGUCCACAGCAAAAUGUUUCAUUCUCAUCUGGAAAACCUACUUCUUCUUGCCCCCAGUGAUAUCCCCAAACAAGUGACUCUAAGCUAUGGAUGGUUUGAGAAUAAAAUGAAUAGUGUUGAACUAAAAGGAGUUUUUACCAGAGACGAAGAUCCGUCCAGGUUCAGGACAGUCCACUGUCUUCUGUACCCUACAACAAGUUGGUGCCCUGUAGCCCUCAAAAACGCCUUGUCAUGGAAUCAACGUGUUCUCCAAUGAUACAAUAAUCAUGUAUAAAGUGAGAAUUUCAAUGCAUGAAGUUUCCUUACAAGACACUUGUGUUUUAUAAGGGUAGAGUAGCCAACAAAAGCCGAAAGUGCUGCAUGGUGUUCAUAUGAGGAAACUGAAAAACCUCAAUGUUUAACUGAGCCAUUAUUGUUAUUGAAAUUGUAAAUUGGAAGUGUAACUUUUGUCUACAUGUUGCACAUUUUGGUUAUGAAUUUGUUUGUUUUUAAAAUUGAAACCAAUAUAUAUAUAUAUAUAUAUAUAUAUAUAUAUAAUGGUUAUAAAUAUGGUGGGGGGAGGGGGAGAAAAAGAAAAAUGCAUCCAUCCAUAAUCAAAGUAAUCCAUACGGCUCCAGAGGGUUAAUAAAGGCCUUCUGAAGUGAAGGGAUGCAUUUUUGUAAGAAAAAUAUCCAUAUUUAAAAUUUUAUAAAUUUAAAUAACUAGCUUCUGGCGGACGACCAUACGCAUACUGCGCAAGUCGAUAUUUGGGAGGAAGAGCAACCUCUGACCUGACGCAAUGACGAACGCGGAGGCGCAGAGGAGAGAGCAAAACAAAACACCGGUCACGAAUUAGAAGUCUAAAAUGAGAAAUUUUAAAAAGAAAUGUUGGAGGAUUUCAAUAUAAGAGAAGAGGAGCUUGAGUUUGUUGAACAGCCGUUGUUGUUUGAACCGCAAGAGACGUCUAAGCUUACGCUACUCCUACAUCCUGCGUCAUACAUCGCCUGAGGGUUUACUCUUGUGGCACAAGUCGACUUUAUAAAUUUUUAAAAGGUCAACAGAGGUGUCCUGCCUGGCCCUACACAUGAGAUUUCUCUGGAUUCCCUGAAUCUUUCCACAAUAUUUUGCAUGUUAAAUGGUGAAAGACCUAAAUACUGUGAUUUUUGAUUUGUCUUGACAAUAACAUUUUGUCCCAACUUUUCUGGGACUGGGGUUGUGUGUGUGUGUGUGUGUGUGUGUGUGUGUGUGUGUAUAUAUAUAUAUAUAUAUAUAUAGUUGUAUUCUUAUAUUUGCACUGUACAUGUUUUGAUUACUGUAAUCUAUUUGUACUGUAUGAUUUACAUGAUGCACUUAAGAUAAGUGGACAUCCACUAAAAUGUUUUGAAAUACAUUUUCAUACAGUGUUUGUUAAAUAAAUAUUAUUUUCCUUUAUAAAGAUUAUAAAUUAUUA